AAAUCUUCCCAUCUGAAAAAGGCUGCUUGUGUAGAAAGCGUCACGUUUGUCUUGGUUAACGAUAGAAGAACAAUGUCAUUGACUACAACAGCUACUAAGGUACACCAACCCCGAUCGCAGCCUAGGAUGCAACCGGUAUUACCUGCUCAAGAUACCCCUCAGACACAACUCCAAAAUCAAAACCAUACACAAACAAAACUUGAGACAACCAAGCCACCAUCACCACAACACAUAGAAUCAACACCAGCAACAACAACAUCAACAACAACAACAACGUCAUCAUUGCCAUCAUCACAACAAUCAUCUCCAAUCACAUCUGGUAGAAUACGUCAACUAGUCCAACCUCCAGAUGACUAUAUAAAACCCUAUCUGCAUGACAAGUUAUACAAAACCUUUACCUAUACAAUAAUUUUGUUGCCAACUUUGACAUCAAUAUUAUUCCCUACCACCACCACAACCAACACCACUACUAAUGAACAAAUUGGUAACUUCAUAAUUGAUCUUUUAACGGUGCUAUUGAUAAGUUGGGUAGUACGAUAUGCUGUUGAGUGGCCAUUUAACUGGCUCAAGACGUUACGCAAAACCAAACGAGCAUUGGUUCAGGAAUUAUUGGAUAGUAGUGAAGACCAAGAUAUGACCAAGCAAAUCUUGCUAAUUAGAAAAAUCAACACCUUUGAAAUGAUUGCAUUGGUAUCUUGUCUUUUAUCUUCAAUGUUCGGAUCCAUUCUUUUAAUAUGGACAAGAAACUAUACUAUCAUUGAUAAGGUUAGGAAGAAAAUGGUGUUUAACAACGUCAAUAUUGCCCUUUUGCAAUUUUGGUCUAUUUUCAGGAUAUUCUUGACGUUUACCGACAUUCUCCAAAAUUCAUCCCUCAAUGAGGGUGAUUUGUAUAUUCAACAACAUCACCCACGUCAAUCAAGAAAAUGGUACUUAGAAUUAAAGGACUAUUUCUUACCAAACCCAACUAAUCAAAUAUUAGCGGAGAAUAUCCAGUUGUAUAAUAAAGAAUUUGAUCAAUUAAAGGCUGAUCUCCUGAAUUUGCAACAGAUUAUAAAGAAAUUUCCCAGUGAUUCCUUUACACCAUUUCCAUUGAGUAUAAAUUCUGGUUCAGUUGGUUCAUCGCCACUAUCCUCAGCCAGUUCUUCGCCCAUUGUCGGUCCUGCCAGUCCUGUUAUGCAACUGAAACAACCAACCAUGCCUAAACGAGUUCUGACAAAACAACAACUACAACAACAACUUGUGCCUAAGAAAGCUAAUCGUCAUUUUGUUGCCACUGCAGUUGCAAAAAUGCAACCUCCUUUGAAAACAAUUGUCGAGGAGGACCCUGGAGGUGCACAUGAAGGUAAUCUAUCCAAAAAAGGUCUUGCAAUCAAAAUAUCUCCUCCUAAAUCUGAACCAAAAAAAUAUAUAAAUAACAGCGUGAGACUAGAUGGUAAGCUUAAGGUAUUGCAUGAAAUAUCAUUGUUUGACUUGUUAAUUCAUCCAGGAAGGGUUUAUAGAUUGAUUAUGGACGAAAUAAUCUACCCCUAUGUCACAUAUCAAUUACAAUCUAAACUGUAUUUGCUUGUGAAGAUGGUAAUUUGGGAAGUGGUGAACAAAUAUGUGCUUCUGGGAAUAUUUGCUUGGUUUUUGGAAUUGUAUUAUAAUCCAUUUCGUUAUAUAAAGGAAGUAAUGGUUUGGAUUUGCUUUAAAAUGCCAGUGCGUGCUACAAUUACAACUCUUAAAACUACAGUAUUUGUACCGCAAAUGAUAUUAAGAUGGGUAUUAUUGAAACCGUUAUAUUUGGGUAUGGUAAUUGUAUUUGGUACAACAUCGGUGUUUUUUCUGAGUAUAAGGUCAUCAAAGAAGAAGAAGGAGAGAAAUGUUGAACCUGUGAAAGUGAUUCGAAGACGAAGAGUUCCUGUCAAUAACUCACCAGUGGCGGUAACACCACCUUUCACUGGAACUGAAUUUCCAGGAAUGAAACAGUUUCAUUUAAAUUCACCUGAGGAAAGAAACUUUAAUGGAGUUUCUAAGAUAGCUUCAAUUUUAAAUAGACCCCAGGUGCAGAAAAGACUGGGAUCGCCUUCGAUAAAACCAGCAUUGUGUCCGCCACUCGUUGCAACAAUGACUAGUAAUGCACCUAUGCCGGCUACGUCUUCUUCAUUUAGAAGGUUCAAUGUUUCUCCAGUGUCACUCUACGAUAACUAAUUAUUAGUGUAUAUUAUUUGAAUGUUGUUUUUUUUUUUGCAGUCACUGUUUAG